UCUCGGGGUGGGCAGGUGCCGGAGUACGCUGGCUGGGGCGGCAGGCCUCAGCCUGGGCCAGGACCCCUGCCCUAGGACCCUCCACUUCCAGCAAGGUCCCCCCAAGCCGCACCCCGCUCCCCAAUUCCCUGCUGGUCCCAAGCGCUCCGGCCUCCCCUGGCCGGGCAACUCGGCCCUCCCUAGCCCUGCGCUGGGGGCGGGCACCUGCCCCCACCCUUGGGCGUCCCCUCCCCUCCACUUCCCCCUCCCCUUGUUCCCUCCCUUCUCUCCCCCCCGCGGCGAGGAGUCGGCGGCGGCCGAGGCUGAGGCGGCGGCGGUGGCGGCGGCGGCGGCGGCGGCGGCAGCGGCGGGCGGGGCUCGGCUCGGGCUCCGCGGGCGGGCGGGCGGACAUGGCGGCCAACAUGUACCGGGUCGGAGAUUAUGUCUACUUUGAGAAUUCCUCAAGCAAUCCGUACCUCAUCAGAAGGAUAGAAGAACUCAACAAGACUGCAACUGGCAACGUGGAAGCAAAAGUAGUGUGCUUUUAUAGACGACGAGAUAUUUCCAACACGCUUAUAAUGCUUGCAGACAAGCAUGCUAAAGAAAUUGAGGAAGAAUCUGAAACAACAGUUGAGGCUGACUUGACCGAUAAACAGAAACAUCAGUUGAAACAUAGGGAACUCUUUUUGUCGCGCCAAUAUGAAUCUCUGCCUGCCACACAUAUCAGGGGGAAAUGCAGUGUUGCCCUUCUGAAUGAGACAGAGUCAGUAUUGUCAUAUCUUGAUAAAGAGGAUACCUUUUUCUAUUCAUUGGUCUAUGAUCCCUCAGUGAAAACACUAUUAGCUGACAAAGGUGAAAUCAGAGUGGGACCUAGAUAUCAAGCAGACAUUCCAGAAAUGCUCUUAGAAGGAGAAUCAGAUGAGAGAGAACAGUCAAAAUUGGAAGUGAAAGUUUGGGACCCCAAUAGCCCACUUACAGACCGACAGAUUGACCAAUUUUUAGUUGUAGCCCGUGCUGUUGGGACAUUUGCUCGAGCCCUUGAUUGUAGCAGUUCCGUAAGGCAGCCUAGUUUGCAUAUGAGUGCAGCUGCAGCUUCUCGAGACAUCACUCUGUUUCAUGCUAUGGAUACGUUGUAUAGGCACGGCUACGAUUUGAGCAGUGCAAUUAGUGUCUUAGUACCACUUGGGGGGCCUGUUUUAUGCAGAGAUGAAAUGGAAGAAUGGUCAGCCUCUGAAGCUAGUUUAUUUGAAGAGGCAUUGGAAAAAUAUGGCAAGGACUUCAAUGACAUACGUCAAGACUUUCUCCCUUGGAAAUCACUGACUAGCAUCAUUGAAUAUUAUUACAUGUGGAAAACUACUGACAGAUAUGUGCAGCAGAAACGUCUAAAGGCAGCAGAAGCUGAGAGUAAACUGAAGCAAGUGUAUAUCCCAACUUACAGCAAACCAAAUCCCAACCAAAUAUCCACCAGCAAUGGCAAACCUGGUGCUGUGAAUGGAGCUGUGGGAACCACGUUCCAGCCACAAAACCCUCUCCUUGGGCGAGCCUGCGAGAGCUGCUACGCUACACAGUCUCAUCAGUGGUAUUCUUGGGGCCCACCUAAUAUGCAGUGUAGGUUAUGUGCAACCUGUUGGCUCUAUUGGAAAAAAUACGGAGGCCUGAAGAUGCCCACCCAGUCGGAAGAGGAGAAGUUACCUCCUAGCCCAGCUACCGAGGACCCGCGAGUUAGAAGUCAUAUGUCUCGCCAGGCCAUGCAGGGGAUGCCAGUCCGAAACACUGGGAGCCCGAAGUCUGCAGUGAAGACCCGUCAAGCUUUCUUCCUUCACACUACAUAUUUCACAAAAUUUGCUCGGCAGGUCUGCAAAAAUACCCUCCGGCUGCGGCAGGCAGCAAGACGGCCGUUUGUUCCUAUUAAUUAUGCUGCCAUUAGGGCAGAAUAUGCAGACAGACAUGCGGAUCUAUCUGGAAGUCCACUGAAAAGCAAAAGCACUAGGAAGCCUUUGGCAUGUAUCAUUGGGUACUUAGAGAUCCAUCCUUCGAAGAAACCUAAUGUAAUUCGAUCUACACCAAGCCUGCAAACCCCAGCCACCAAGCGGAUGCUAGCCACCCCGAACCACACGUCUCUGAGCAUUUUGGGGAAAAGAAACUACAGUCAUCACAAUGGCCUGGAUGAACUCACAUGCUGCGUGUCAGACUGAGCUAUUGCUGUUUAAUCCUAUAAUCCAAGACUUGCUACACUGUCCUGCUGAUGUCCAUAGCCAUGCCUGGGAAGGAGGCAGCCCCAUUCCCAGCGUACCCUGGGGGAGACCUCCUCGUGCACCCCACGGAGCCUUGACCAGGCCGGGAAAGAGACUGCGGGAGCGCCCGUCCCCGAAGCUGCAUCUCCUCAUGUGAAUCAGUGUCCCCUUGCUUUCCUCUAGAGACCUCACUGCCCCAGAACGGGACCUGCCUGGGGAAUUGAGGGGCUGGGGGAGCUACUCCGAGACCUUCUUCUCCGGUGCUCUGAACCCUGGGCACCGCGGCUCCGGGGCAGUGGGGCUGCUGCAGGCUCAGAGCCGCUGCCGCCCUGCAUGUGCCAGCUUCUCUCUGUCGCCGGCUGUGUCAGUGUGGACUCGAGGGAUACGGCAUGUUUCUAAAUGGAUUUUUCUUAAGAAAUGUGCCAAUGUUGAUGUAGUUCAGGAUGUUCCCCCCCAUCCCAGCUGUCACUGUCCCUCGGCGUUUUCUCAAUAGGCUUCAUUCCCCAUUUUUUCAGUGGGGAAAUUUUGUCCUCCACCUCCUGCAUCCUGUAUUUGUCCCCCUACCUCCAUCCCUCCCAGGUCCAGAAUUACCUGCGGUUCUGACAAAAGAUAAGCAAAUCGUCUUUGGGAAGCCUGUGGACUCUUUAUAUCAUCUGUGCUUUGUUGUUGGAAAGAGGCUGGCAUUCUCUUGGUUCUGCUUAGUCCCAGGCAGUCCAGCGAGAGCAGAUAUUAACGUGAGCUGAGCGUGUGUAUCAUGGUGACCAGCUCUCAUGUCCUGCCCUGUUCUUUCACAGCCAAACCAGCUGCUGCAGCCAGGUUGGGCCUUCUAGGACUCUCAUUCAUCCAGGUUAAUUUUAAGCAGGUGGAGUCUGUGUGGCCCGUAAGGGUGAAGGGAGAGAGCUGUGUUUGCAGGUGAGUCUGUGUGGAAGCCCUGCCUCCGCCACCCUGGCAACCCAGCCGUUUCUGUGAGCACCUGUGCCUAGACCCCAGGAGACCUGUCUGUGACCCUGUUUCUGCUGUCUGCCCUGGUACAGGCCCUGCUGGCGUCACAGGUGGGCCACUCUGCCACUGUGUGUACACAGCUGCGGGGACAGGAAAACCUUAAUGCCCCAUUUGCUCCCCAAGCGGAUGUGAAUCUGCUGCUUCCCUGCCUUUGUUUGCAGGGACAGGCUGCAGGGCACAGGGUCACAGCACCGUGAAAGACAGUGGGAGUGUGCCUCCCUGUGGUCCCUGGGGCGUGCGGCUGGGAGACAGCUGGGUGGCUGACAGCAGGUGCCUCAAACGGCCAGCUGCUUGCAGGACAGAGUGGCUCUGAGUGAGCUGAGUGCCCCCCGCCCCAGGCAGAGUGAGGUUUCCCUACAAUGACCAUGAUGCUCCAGAUGUCUGGUCGUCGCAGGCUGGGCUCAGCUCAGCAGAGGACGUGAUGCGUGAUCACUGAGGGUGACGCUCAAAGCACAAGCUGCCUUUUCCUUUUCCAGCCUCGCAGGCACUGUGGCUUCUCUCCCCAGGAGGGGUUGGUUCUCGUCUUAGUGUUUGAGGGAUGAUCCCCGGGACAUUCUCACCGCUGCCAACUCUUGGAGCUGUUCCAGGUUUUGGCUUGGGGCCCCAUGAGUGGGUCUCAGUGAGCCGGGUCGGGGGGCAGACAUUGCCCUCAGGGUCCCACAGAGAAGCUCCUUCUGUAAAGCCCCAGGGAGAGAGAAGGCAGCCGGCUCUUGCCUCACCAGCCAUGUGCCACGUCUUCUAAAGAAAGAGAUGCAACCAAGCUGUAUCCCCAUGCCCUGCCCUGGAUUUGCUGUGAUGGAUACAGAUCGUGGAAUGAUUCCUUCACCUUCUCCCUGUCCUCUCCUGACCCAUAUGGAACCAUGACUUGUGGUUAAAGGAGCCAUUAGCUGCCCGUGACUUUUCUGCCAGCUUGUUGGGGAGAGGCCCUCCUUCCCCAGGCGAGGAGCUUUGGAGACUGGGGCCAGGCCAGGGCUGCAGGAAGAACAGGGAGGCCCAGGCCAGCUCCAGUCCAUGCUUUGCUGUGGGACAGGCGCACUCUGACAGCUCUCCCUUCACUGUGUGGUGAAAACUCCCAGUUCUGCAGCCCCGCCCUCCUGUAGGUAGGUUGCUGGCUAAGGCCUCAGGCUCCCACUUCAUCUCGGGAAAGUCCCCCCAGCACUGAACCUUCAGGGACUGGAGGAUGGAUGCCAAGGAGCCUCUAGCAUCUCUCUUUGCCAAAUGAGCAGUUGGUGCCGAGAGGCCCUCCUGGCCGCCCCCCUUUCUUGGGGCCAUGGUGUCACUGUUGUGGGUGUCAGUGGCAUGUCAGCACUGUGAGCAGCGAGCUUGUGGGGUGACAUGCAACGCCCAUUUGCACGUUUCCCAGCAGACGUGCCCAGGGCUGCUGUGCACCCUCGGAUAAGGACACUGAAGCCCGAGAGUUGUCCUCCCCCGUCAUCGCCCGCCCACCCUGAGGUGGUGCAGGAGAGGCCCCAACUGCUUUCAGCUUGCCUUUCAUGAUUCUGCCUUGUCCACAGCCUGGUUUCUAUCAGUCAGCAUCCAACCAAGAAAACCAGAAAAGUCUAUAUAUUUAAAACAGAGGGGUUUUAAUCCAGGGAAUUGUUUAACUGAGAAAUAAGAAGACCUGAGUUGCCACUGAGGGGUAACCAGAAACAGGGAACCACAGAGCUGGUGGGACCAGAUCCUGGGGGUCAGGACACUGGGUGGAGCUUGGGUCUGCAGAGGGCUAUGUGGUGGGAGCUGAAGCCAUGAGGAGACCUGGGCCCUGCCAGAAACAUACCCCCCCACACCCCACCCCAGGCAAAGCGGGAGCGCAGACAGCCUGGCUUCUCCCUUCCCCAUGCCUUCCAGAUUUCUGCGUUAGCUAAAUGCAGCUGGAAGCCAGCUGACCUGGGAGCUGGGGACAGGCCAACUGCAGUCAGGCCCCUGCAGUCAGUCCCCAGAGCGGAGCAGGGGAAGGCGAGUGGUGGGUCAGAGGCCAAGCAGUCCCAGGACACGUGUGGCCCUGGCCCCCUCUCUGCCAUGUCCAGGCCCACUGUGGAUUCCCCGUGCUGUGCUAAGAUCCCGGUGAGUGGAGGUGGAGGUAGCUGCCCUGGUGGGUUUCUGUAGGUUCUUUUCACUCUCCUUGGGAGGAAAGUGCUUUGGGGAGGUGGGGGAGGGGUUUUAUUCAUAACAGUUAUCCCAGUUCUCCUUUGGGGGAAUUUACUCAUUUAGCAGCCCCACCUCGCCUUUCCCCUCGGGGAGGCUGUGUCCCAGUUUUCUGUCCACCCUGGCCCAUUCCUCUUCCCCCAGUCUCUGGUUUCCCUGCUGGAGAACACCCACCCAGACCACGCAUCAGUAGUCAUGAGUGUUUCCCCAGGAUAAUUCAUUGAGCGUGUGCUGUUACAGAGUCGUCUGUCUGUAAGUAGAUGUCAUCCACUGAUCAAUUUGUAUCCUGUUUCCAAUAAACUUCUAGAAAUUCU